AAGCCCUGUUCUAUUAAAUAUGACUCUCACACUGCUCUUCUCAUCUCAGUUCAUAAUGGCGGUUCUUGUUCUGUCGGCUAUCCUUCCUCCGGGAUCGCGUCACAUCCGCUGGCUGGUGUCGGCUGGACUGGCGCAGGUCAGUGAGUUCUCCUUCGUCCUGGGCAGUCGUGCACGUCGGGCCGGCAUCAUCUCUAGAGAGGUGUAUCUGUUGGUUCUCAGCGUCACCACGUUAAGUCUCCUCCUUGCUCCGGUGUUAUGGAGAGCCGCUACGCUCAAAUGCAUCCCGCGGGCUGAGAGGAAACCACUCACCUGAACCAACGCCACAUGCGGAUGAGCUGUGUUAGAAUGACGCAUCUCACAUUAAUGCAUCAUAUUGAUGACAAACAGAUUGUAAGAAACAGAAGGGCAGAGCAUUAAUAUAUGAAAUAUUUACACGGUAGUGAAAGAAAAGGACACAGCUUGCAAAAAAAAAA